AUGUCCAACUCCGAUUGCCUUCCCGACUACCCGCUCAACUCAGAUUUAGUGAGGAGAUUAAAGUCCGCCCUGGCCGCCAGCGAUGAGGAGAGAGUGAGGGACUUGCUCUGCACUGAAGUUGGGCAGGUGGACGCCGUGAUCGAACUGGCCAAUGACGACUGGAUGAAAGACCCGUCGGCUCAGCUGCCCCCCGGGGUUCUCCUAGGGGACCUGGACCGCCUUGAGGCCCUCAUGGACCAGUUCUUCCAGGAUGCCAACGUGGUGUUUGAGAUCAAGAAGGACGAGAUGGAGUGGCAGGUGAAAUCCUCAGCCACGUUUGGCCCGUCAGGCCUUUGGACCCUGGAGUACAAGCGGGAGCUCACCACGCCCCUGUGCAUCGCCGCGGCCCGAGGCCACACGGCUUGCGUGAGCCACCUGAUCGCCCGCGGCGCCCACCCCGACGCCAGCCCCGGCGGCCGCGGCGCCCUGCACGAGGCCUGCCUGGGGGGCCACACGGCCUGCGUCCAGCUGCUGCUGCGGCACCGCGCCGACCCCGACCUGCUCAGCGCCGAGGGCCUGGCGCCCCUGCACCUCUGCCGCACGGCCGCCUCGCUCGGGUGCGCGCAGGCGCUGCUGGAGCACGGCGCCUCGGUGCACGGCGCGAGCGGCGCGGGCGGGGACACGCCGCUGCACGUGGCGGCGCAGCGGGGCCUGGACGAGCACGUGCGCCUCUACCUGAGCCGCGGGGCGCGCGUGGACGCGAGGAACGGCCGCGGCGAGACGGCCCUGAGCGCGGCGUGCGGCGCGGUGCGGCGGCCGGACGAGCACGCGCGCUGCCUGCGCCUGUGCACGCUGCUGCUCCGGCGGGGCGCGGCGGUGGACGCGCGCGACGAGGACGAGCGCAGCCCGCUGCACAAGGCCUGCGGCCACGCGCGCCACGACCUGGCGCGCCUCCUGCUGCGGCACGGCGCCGACGCGGGCGCGCUCGACUACGGCGGCGCCUCCCCGCUGGCCCGCGCGCUCCAGACGGCCGCCUGCGCGCCCCAGGCCGCGCCGCAGCGCACCGUGCAGGCGCUGCUCAACCACGGCUCGCCCACCGUGUGGCCCGACGCCUUCCCCAAGGUGCUGAAGACCUGUGCACCAGCCCCCGCCGUCAUCGAGGUGCUCUUCAACUCCUACCCUCAGCUCCGCGUGUCGGAGUCCUGGAAGGAGGUGAUUCCCGAAGAAGUGUUUCAGAUGCACCAGCCUUUCUACAAGUCUUUCUUUGCCUUGGCCCACACCCCACGCUGUCUGCAGCAUCUCUGCCGCUGUGCCAUACGGAAAUUAUUUGGCAAAAAGUGCUUUUACCUCAUACCCCUGCUACCAUUGCCGAAGUCCCUGCAAAAUUAUCUCCUUUUGGAGCCGGAGGGUGUUUUGCACUGA